AUGGCGACUCUUCAGAAAUUCAAGCUGUUGGCCACCCAGUGCGCGGUGGCCGGUAGCCCCUCCCGGAGCCCAGCAUCGAGCCCCGUGAUCCACUUCCGCCGGAGGAAAACUCUCAGGAUGCUGCUCGGCCGUGCGGGAGGGGGCGGCGGGAGGAGGCUGCCGCCAGAUCGGAGGCGGAGCCUCGACAGGGAGAGAUCGCGGGAGAAAGAUUCGGAGCUGUCGUCGGUCAGCCACAAGCUGAGAGAUCUGUUCGUUUCGUCCCCGCCGCCGCUGGGGGAAGGGCUUCUAAUUCGUCGUCGGCAUCCUCCUUGGUGGGAUGCUCUGUGUCACCUUGCGGCUGCCGCCGUGUGCCCUGUGCGUCCUGGUUCCCGUUGGGUGGGUUUCUCUGCCGAGUGGAGUCUCGUCGGGAGUUUUGUCUUCGGGCAAGAUCUUUGCGAUCGUGACAGCUCUGACCGUCAAUGGGGUGGCCGGUCGUCUGGUUCCGUUCUCUGCCUGGUGGAGGCUGGAGCUGAGGUUAGUCCCUCUUUCUCCCUCUUUUCUCUUGCUUCCAUGGGGUGGGGUGGCCGGAGGGCGCCGGUGGUGGGGGUUUGUUUCACCGAUGGUUGGCCGUCCCCGCAUGCUGGUAGUUUGUGGGGUGUUUGGAGCUUGGGCUGGACCGAUGUUGUGCUCCCACCUGCUUUCCCGGCGUUCCUGGGGUUGGGCGUUGGGCUGCACCGGUGGUGUUGGGUCGUUAGCUCCGAUGGUCGUUGGUCACUGGCUGCCGGCUGGUAA